AUGGAAGAGUCUCUUCCUCUCAGUGUCAUCCAUGUCAACAAGUUUUUACUUUUCAUCAACAGAUUACACAUACUCUUCCAUUCCAUUGCUCUCUCUUUCUUAUUCUAUUAUAGACUUACUUUCUUCUUUCAAAACUCAAAAACAAUACAAACUCCAUUUCUACCUUACUUUCUAGUCUUCUCGUCUGAAAUCAUUCUCUCCUUCAUUUGGUUUCUUGAUCAAGCUUUUCGAUGGAACCCGAUUAAACGAACUGUCUUUCCCGAAAGACUACCAGAGAACAAUAAGCUUCCUAACAUUGAUGUCUUCAUAUGCACUGCAGACCCAACUAAGGAACCUACAUUAGAUGUUAUGAACACUGUUUUAUCGGCUAUGGCAAUGGAUUAUCCACGUGAGAAACUUCAUGUCUAUGUUUCUGAUGAUGGUGGUUCGUCUAUUACAUUGAAUGGUAUGAAGGAGGCUUGGAAAUUUGCUACGUGGUGGCUUCCUUUCUGCACAAGAUACAGAAUUUCGUGUAGGUGUCCGGAGGCAUACUUUUCGGAUUCGGAGAAUUUGAUAGUGAGGAUUUUUCUGAGAAUGAUGAGUUUGUUACAGAUAAGAGAAUGA